AUGCUUUCACGAUGUUAUAUCGCCCUUGUGGCUCUACGAGUUGCGACAGCACAGCUGAUCAUUGAGCCAUCAAGUUCAACGCUAGAUGAGCCUAGCGAAACCGCCGUGCUAUCCGGAGGCAUCCUCAUCGAAACAGUUGUUUCUCAGCCCCCCCCAGCACUCAGCUUCACCGACACCUUUGAUCCGGAAACAACAGACGGGGUUGUAUCUGAAUCGGAGACGACUGAAGUGCCUACCGCAACUUCGGAGGAGAAGCUGUUGAUUGAUACAAGCGUUCCACCUAUUCUUCCUGGCCUGGCAUCAUCUGAUGCCUCAGAGUCUUCAAGCGUCUCAGAGACCGAUUCAAUUCGUUCACCUAGCUCACCUAGCUCGUUUACUCCGACGGCCGAUGGCAGGAUAAUUAGCACUCCACGACCAGUCGCCACUCCGACAGCUGUCCUGACACCAGGCAAUGGAACUUUCACGGGCAUUCGCAACUCUACUAGAACAGAGGCCGGUGCUUCUACAACCGUCUUGCCAAGCUCGGGAUCUGGUGGAUCAGGGUCAGGAUCAGGGGGCAAUGUGAAUGAGGGCAGCAAGAACACUGAUAAGGACGAAGAUGAUGAAGAUGACGAUGAGGAUGAUGAAGACGAGGAUGACUCGGACUCGGACGACGAAGACAGCGAUGAUGAAGAUGAGGAUGAAGAUGAGGAUGAGGAAGAGGAGGAGGGUGGAUCUUCGAGCUCCGACUCUAACUCUGCCGGCGCCACGACAUUUACAAGUGUCACUCGCGCCGGAGCAACUGCAGUCGCAGAGUCUGCUUCUGCCAGCGAGGACCCUUCUGCUGCUCAUCACACAAGCCCAGGGGCUUUGUUGUGUCUAUCAGUUCUCGUAAUGGGGGCAGCUAUCCUCGUGUAA